UGUCUAUGUCACCGUCUUCUUGCGGUCAGGGCAAUCAGAGGAAUGUUUUGGUUCUGAACUUGCUCGGUUCCGCUUUAAGUCUGAAUCAUUUAUCAUUUGAACAUUAUUACUUAACGAUGAACAUUCUAGUGGCAAGUAGAGAAACCGUAUUAUAAUCACACACAUUUCCCAACUUUUAAUACUUUCCGGAGAAUUACUAUGGAAGGUGUUAUUUGCUUGGACACUUCUAACACAAAUGUUUUUAACGAUACACUGACGAGGAAAUGUUACAUGUUGAGACAUUAACCAAACAAAGAUCAUUACAGGGCAAUAUUACCAAAUAUCGCUGUGGGACUUGUAAGAAGAUGUUCUCUUCGGAACAGGAGUGCUUCGUACACAAAGAAAUACACAACAAGGAAACUCCUUUCCAGUGCAAAAUCUGUGGGAAAUAUUUUGUUUCUAGCUGUAAUUUAAUAAGACACAAGAGAAGGCAUUCUGGACAAAAACCAUUCCAUUGUAAAAUAUGCGGAAAGUCCUUCGUCUCUAGCAGCGAUUUAACAGAACACAAAAGAAUCCACACCGGAGAAAAACCUUAUAAUUGUAAAAUAUGUGGUAAAUCUUUCAUUCAAAGCUCACAUCUUGCAGUUCACAAAAGAAUACAUACUGGACAGAGAAAGUUCUCCUGUGAAAUGUGUGGGAAAUCUUUCGUCAGUAACAGCAAUUUAUACAGACACAAAAUGACACACGUUACAGAAACCCCGUUUCAGUGUGAAACGUGCGGUAAAUCAUUCUCUGAUAAUUCUACUCUUGUUGUUCACAAACGUAGUCACACCGGAGAGAAACCGUUUCAUUGUGAAAUAUGCGGGAAAUCGUUUAUUACUAACGGUCAUUUAACGAGUCACAAAAGAGUCCACACGGGAGAAAAACCAUUCCGCUGUGAAACGUGUGGAAAAUCUUUUACCACGAACAGUAACUUGAAAACACAUAAGAUAAUACACACUGGAGAAAAAUCGUUUCAUUGUGACAUAUGCGGCAAGUCGUUUAUUAAUAAUUCGAAUCUCAUUAUUCACAAACGGAGUCAUACUGGAGAGAAACCCUAUCGUUGCGAUGUGUGUCGUAAAGCAUUUGUCUCUAAUAGUGUUUUAAACAAACACAAACUAUUACACAUUGAAAAAAAACCUUUCCACUGCAAAAUAUGUAGGAAAUCAUUCUCUGAUAUUUAUAGUCUUGGAUCUCAUCAAAGAAUCCACACU